AUGGGAAAUUGCAAUGUCCUAGGCCAAAAGGAAGAGUUCUAAGAAGCUAUGUAAUCUAUAAGAAAUUACGAAAUCCUAGAAGUCUUAGGCAAAGGUGGUUUUGGAAGAGUUCUCAAAGUCAGAAGAAAAAAGAAUAAUCAGCUGUUUGCCAUCAAAAAAAUGUCUAAGGCAAAAAUCAUUAAUCAAAAAAGCAUUACAGCAAUUUUGAAUGAGAAAAACCUUCUAAUCUAACUAAGACACCCUUUUAUUGUGAAUAUGCAUUCUGCAUUCCAAGAUAAGGAAAACCUAUAUCUGGUAUUAGAUUUGUUAACUGGGGGUGACUUAAGAUGCCAUAUAUAUAGAAACAAAAGGUUCUCGGAAUAAGAAGUGAAAUUUUUUGCUGCUUGCAUAAUUACCAGCUUAGACUAUUUACAUUAGUAAGGAAUCAUCCAUAGAGAUCUAAAACCAGAAAAUCUCGUGUUUGAUGAUAAAGGAUACUUGAGGCUUACAGAUAUGGGAAUUGCAAGAAUUUGGAGACCUGAAAACUCAUCAGAUAUAAGUGGUACCCCAGGUUAUAUGGCUCCUGAAGUAAUUUGUAGAUAAAACCAUGGGAUUUCUGUAGACUUUUUUGCACUUGGGGUUAUAGUAUAUGAAUGCAUGCUUGGUAAACGACCUUAUGUUGGGAAAACAAGAUAGGAAAUACGAGAGUAAAUUCUUGGUCAACAGGUUUAAGUGAAAAGAAUGGAUUUGCCAGUGGCUUGUAAUUCAAAUUUAUAGUAUUAGUUAAUUUAAAGAAAACCAAUUAAUAGAUUAGGAACUUAAAAUCCUAAUGAUGUUAAAAACCAUCCAUGGUUUUCCUAAUUUGAUUGGAAUUUAUUAUCAAAAAAGAUAAUGCUUGCCCCUUAUAAGCCAAAAUCUGUUUCAAAAUCUAGUUCUUCAUUUGAUUCUAUUGAAACCCCUCAGGAUGAUAAUUAUGCUAUUCUCAGAAAUAAAACUCUUAAUGAAUAAUUUAACUAAUACUGUUAUGACCCUGAAAGUUGUAUGUAAAAAUGA